UAGCGAUGACGUCUACACGAGCCAGCUCAAGCUCAUCCUCGUCCACAGGGGUCCGCGCGAUCACCCUUGACAAACCUCUUCAUGCAGAUUGCGCACUCCACCUGCUUGUCUGCCUAUGCCAGUGUCGAGAGUCGGCGUGAAGUCAACGGGGCAUCUGGUCCUUGUUCAAGGUCAGGCGGGCCCUCGACAUUACUAACGUCUAUGGAAACGAGCAGAGGCUCAUGUUUGUCGCAGCUAGUGCCGGUCUAUGUCCGUGAUAGGAACUUGUAGACGAUGCGCUCCAGGGCUCGAUCGCGUUGUGCAGCGUAAGCGGUUCGCACAUGGUGGAUGAGAAGCGUGAGGAAAGUGAGCAGCGAAGGAAGUAGGAGCGUGAGUAUGAAGGUGAUGAUGGGGCUGCGAAUUUGGGUAAGUGUGUCAGGACCGAAUGGAGACUUGCGCGCAUAUAGUAUCUGCGCAUAUAGGACCUCACGAAUACCAUGCCCCUGCAAAUUUCUGAGUAUCAAUGAGUAGCUAAAAGGUCUUCGAGACGCUGUGUGUAUUGUUAGACGUUGCAAUCAUAGCGGAAAGCUGGACGUGAUUCCAAUACUUGAUGUAUAUGCGGCAAUGGUUACGUCCGACGAAUCCCCUGCGGAGGCAGAGCUAUAUCAACAGGAGAGAGAGAUAAGAACGGUAGUCAACUCACUUUGGCUGAACACGUUCAAUGGUGCAUCCGGAUUGUCUCUGUCUCCGCCAACUACAACUGCCUUUGCACCCAGCUUCUGUGCCUACCUUGCUUUCUUGACGGAAGGGCAAACACCUCGCUGAGCAGCGACCCAGGUGUCCACGUCCUCCGGCUUGUGAUCCCCACUGAUGCAAAGUUGGGGGCAUCCGAGGACAGGGGUCGGCCUCAAGAAAGAUAGGUGGGGU